AAUUCAAACAUCAAUCAAUCGACAUUUUAUUUUUGUUAACAAUUUAGUUGAAUAAAUUUGAAAAAUCUGAUAAUCGAUUCGAGCUCUCAACUCUAUAGGAAAGCUAUGACAACCGAAUUGUCUAAAACAACAUUGAUGACAUCAUCGAUAUCGUGUUCAUCAUCAUCAUCAUCAUCUUCGUCGUCGUCGUCGUCGUCUUCAUUGUCCUCUUCGUCUGCGUCUUCAUCUCCAAUUUCAUCAUCGUGUUCAUCACCAUUGCAAAAACUUCCAAGUAUCAAAAUAUCAUUAAAAGAAUUGUCGAAUGUUUGUACAACAAAGAAUAAUAAUCGUUCAUUGGUUAAGGAUAUAUCAUAUAAUUUAACUGAUAAUAAAACAAGUGAUAUCAAUAACGAAAAUCUCAAUAAUAACCAAAGAUUUCCAUACAAUUCAAACGGUGAUGAUUUUAAAUCCGGCCAUAUCAACAUGGCCGGUUCAUCAACUGACCAUAAUCAUUCGACAAUGAAUAAAAGUCAAAACUUGAAAAGUACAAAUUAUUCUUCAAAUUUUCAUCAAUCGAAUCAAAUGGGAGAUAAAAAGAUGGCCAAAAAUAGUAACCAAAAUACUAACAUUGAAAUGAUGAAUGCCAUUGAAGAGCUUCGUCGUGAAAAUGAUCGAAUUACAAAUGAAUUGGGAGCUACACAAGAUUUACUGGAUCUUUUCGACCAAUAUCGUGAUCUUGUACAAGAACAUAUGAGCAUUUGUGUUUGUCAUGGCAAAGAUAGACUUUGGGCUCGUUGGAAUCAAUUUGAACAAGAUUAUAAACGUUUGUUACCGAUUAAACAAAGUCAAACACAAAUGAUGAAAAAUGAUGAUCAACAUGAUGAUGAUGAUGAUAAUGAUGAUGAUCGAAAUGUUCAACAAAAAAAAUUAGUGUCACUCAAAUGUCAUUCGAAUUUGAUGAAUGGUAAUGUUAGAUUUGCUGGCAAAUAUACAUCUCCAUCUUCACAUUUGAAUAUAAAUUUUCAAUCAUCAUCAAAAAAUAAAUUAUCAAAUGAUUUAGAUAUUAGAUUGGUCAACUAUAACAACGAUAAUGGUCGUCCAGAUAAAAGUUUGGUUCGAACAUUUUUGGACAAAAUUCGGCCAAUCACUUGGAAUGGCAGUGGUUCAAAUGAUAAGAUAGUCAACGCUUAUAAUUCAUCAACACAAAAUCCAGUCACAAUCAUUCCAAAUGAUGGUUCAAAAGAUGUUCUUAUUCGUAAACGAUCAGCCGCAUUAAAUGAAGUUGUUGCCUAUGCAAAACACCAUCAAAUGAUGAAAAGAUUAAAAAACACAACAAAUCUUCAACAACAACAAACAUUGAUACAAAAUAAUCAGAAAACAAAUCGCUUAGCCGAUCAAGAUGUGGAACGUUUAGAUAAAUUGAAUAAUGCAUUGGAUCAAAUUCUUAUGGGAAAAUUCGAUGCAUUAACACAGUUGGAAACCUAUGUUGUUGACAAGAAUAACAAUAAUAAUAAUCGUGUUGAAAAAAAUCAUGAAAACGAUGACGAUGAUGAUGAUGAAUUAUCUUCAUCAUACAAUAAUGAAAUCAAUGAUAUUGAUGACGAUGAUGAUGAUGAUGAUGAAGAAGAUUCCAAAACAAAUGUUGUAUAUUCAAUGAACAAUACUUCCAACAAAACGUCCACUAUUCUAAAUGGUCAAUCGAAUAGAAACAAUUACGAUAGAGAAUCGGAUCAAAUGUCGAGAGAUUCUGGAGAUGAUUCCAAUGAUGAUGACGAUGUAAUUCUAUUGGAAGAUGGUCAUAAUACAGAUCAUGGAACGAAAAAUGGACCCAAAACAUCACCAAUAUCGUCAACAAUUUUAUCAACGGUGCUAAAAUCAGGCAUGAAACCGUAUAGCAAUUAUCAAUCUUCAAAUACAUUGAGCAUUUCCAAUGUUCAGCCUACGAUGGCUGACGAUAAAGUUUUGUCGAUGUCAAAGAUCAAUAGUGCUACCAUACAAAUAAAUCCACCAAAUUUUAUAAUUCAAUCGAAAGAUUCAAUGAAUGUUCAACAUUCAACGCCACCAUCAUUACCUAAACGUCCUCACCUAACAAGUGCCGAACGAAUGGACAUAAUUAAUCGUUUAAAACGUAAUGAAUCAGGUGCACGAAUUGCACGUGAUUAUGGCAUUACUAAACAAGCUGUUUCGGCAAUCAAACGUCGAGCACAAUUGAUGGGUGAUAAUUUUCAAAACAAAUAUUUUCCAGGUAGCGGCGGUGGCAGUACUAAUAGCCGACCAAGCUCACGAAAUCAAUCACCGACACCUUUGAUUAAUUCUUGUUCCAGCAAAAUGUUGAAUUAUUCUGUGCAACAACAAUUAAUGACCAAAGGAAAAUCCGCCAUUACAAUGACACCUGUAUUGGCAGCAUUCGAUAAUUCUCUUGUCUCAAGACAACUAAAACAACAAAAAGUUAAUGCUACAAUUAUGAAACAAAGCACGCUUUUAGCUCAGCUUCCACGAUCGACUUCUGAUCUUGUUUUGCCCAUUAAUCCUGUUGCCAUCAUUAAAAGCCGAAUGGCUGCUAAACAACAACAACAACAGCAGCAGCAGCAACAACAACAUCAUCAACAAUCAUCAAUAUCAAAAUCUGAGAAUAAUAAACGUUUGAUUCUAUCACGGCUAUUACAGGGCACAGAAAAGUAUACUCCUAAUUAUGUUACAUCUUGUAAACAACCGGAGAAUCUUACUAAUGUCACCAAUGUUAAAGUUGAAAAUGAAAAAAGUUUAAAUAUGACCAUUUUAAAAACAGAAGAUAUUUCUGAUGAUCAGCAAAAGCAGCAGCUGCAACAACAAGAAAUAAUGCAUUAUGAAGAUCAAGAAUCAAAAAAUCAAUCAUCUAAUGUCGAUACAAAUUCUCAAGAUUUCAAUGGUAUUGGUGAUGAACAAGAAACAGAUAGUAGAAAUUUAGUUAAUAAUAAUGAAGUUAUCAGUGUUGAUGAUGACGAUGAUGAUGAUGAUGAUGAUGAUGAUAUGCAAGAUGAAGAUGAUAUUAAUGCUGAUGAUGAAGACAGACUAGUCAACAAUAAUAAUGAUGAUGAAUCAAUGGAUGCUGAAUCUAUUCAUCAUCAAUCAAGCGGAAAAGAUGAACAAGAAACCGAUGAAUGUUCGACACCAGCAAUGUUGAAACUUUCUUGA